GAUGGCUGGAGCUGGUCGGGGGGGGCUGGUGGGGGUGACCCUGAGUGUUUUUGGGGUGACCCCGGGGUGACCCUGAGUGUUUUUGGGGUGCUGUGCCCCCCAGGACGGCUGGAGCUGGUCGGGGGGGGCUGGUGCAUGAACGACGAGGCCGCGGCGCAUUACGGGGGGGUCCUGGAGCAGCUGGGCCUGGGCCGGCGCUUCCUGCGCCGCCUCUUCGGCCGCUGCGGCACUCCCCGCGUGGCCUGGCAGAUCGACCCCUUCGGGCACUCCCGGGAGAUGGCCGCCACCUUCGCACAGAUGGGGUACGAUGGGCUGUUUUGGGGUGUUUCGGGGUGGUUUUGGGUGGUUUUUGGGGUGUUUUGGGGACCCCCUGACCCCCUGUCCCCCCAGAUGGGGUACGACAGGCUAUUUUUGGGGUGUUUUGGGGUGGGUUUUGGGGUGUUUUGGGGACCCCCUGACCCCCUGUCCCCCCAGAUGGGGUACGACGGGCUGUUUUUGGGGUGUUUUUGGGGGAUCCUGCCCAACAUGUACAACCCCCCCCCGGGGCUGUGCUGGGACCAGCUCUGCAGUGACCCCCCCGUGGUGGACGGGGACGGCCCCGAGCGCAACGUGGACUCGGUGGUCACCUCCUUCCUGCGGGCGGCGGCCACGCAGGCCCAGCAGUACCGGACCCGGCACAUCCUGAUGACGAUGGGCUCCGACUUCCACUACGAGAACGCCCACCUGUGGUUCAAGAACCUGGACAAGCUGAUCGCCCACGCCAACGCCAGG